AGCCGGAGCUCAGACUAGCGGGAUCUCAGAAACCGGGUCGGGGCGCUGGGUUUGAGCGGGAAAUUCAAGGGGAGAACGGUUGGCUGGAGGUGGACUGGCGUUCGUCGAGCAGCGGUCUCGUGUUGUUGCUGCGCGCUGUCGCUAUGGAGACGGGACCGGAAGAAAGCUGAUGCGGCUUGGCCUCCUCCACGCUAGCAGAUUGGUCCGGCCUGGAGCUGGAGAGUGAGGGAGACAGACAGACAGAGAGAUCGCGGUUCUGCGCGACCUGAAAACUUUCCAACAACUGACAGUUGUACUAUAUAAUGAAGUGGAAUGGCAUAUGAUGAUCAAUCAUCACAUGAGCUGUGUUUGAUAGAUAAGACCAUCACCAGCUUGCUAGAGGUACCUUUAAGCCUAACGAUUCGCACACUCAAUCUUCAUUGCAAUCACAUCACCAGAAUUGAAGGUCUUAGCCAGUUGCGGCAGCUGCAACACCUUGAUCUCUCCUCCAAUCAGAUUACUCGUAUUGAAGGACUGGACAGUUUGGUGGCCUUGCGUACACUAAAUCUAAGCUGUAAUUUUAUAACCAAAGUAGAAGGUCUUAAAGGACUUAUCAAUUUAACGAGAUUGAAUUUAUCGUACAAUCAUAUUGCUGACUUAAGUGGCUUCUUGCAUCUUCAUGGUGUUGGUCACAAGUUAAGUCAUGUGGAUCUUCACAGUAAUUGCAUUACUAACUUGAAUCAUCUGCUGCAGUGCAUGGUGGGAUUGAAUCUCUUAAAAGAUCUUAUGCUGAUGAAAGAUGGAAGAGACAACCCAGUAUGUCAGACUCCAGGUUAUAGAGAGAUGAUGCUUCAAUCUCUAACUCAGUUGAUCGUACUAGAUGGACUUAAGCGAUCUGGUGAAUCUAUCCAUUCAAAUGAAGGAGUUCCCUCAGAUCUGCCUGGUUUGGAAGACUACUUGGAGUAUUUGGUAUCAUCGGAGUCUAACUUAAGUAUGGAAAAGGUUUCAGGGGUACCACCCGUGAUCACACCAAAGAUUGAUCAGGUUCUUGCUCAAUAUCGUCUUCGUUCGACAAUAACUGAUCCUGCAGCACCAAUGUUUGUCACAGACUCCAAUUCAUCACUGGAAGUGGAGCAAUACAGGAAUCACAACACUGUCAACAUAUUCAAUGAAAUAAGAAUAAAGAAACUGGAAAAUCAGAUUUCUCAGCUACUGCAGCAGGUUCCAACUUCUUUGAAUGCAGUAAAAGCAAAGCGAGAUAUUGAUUAUACCUCUGAGAGUGAAACUGAGAGCUGUAAAGAAAAUUGCAAAAAAGAAACCAGACGAACAAAGACUGAAACCUCCAAACAACGAAGUGCCAGACAGAUGAAAAACAAAAAAUCUGACAGAGACAAGCAGCCUUGCCUACGAAAAUUGAAAUCAUCUAACAAACAACCGAGAAGUGAAGACUUCUCCAGCAGUUCACCUGUGGAAUCUGCUGAGCUCCAAAUCGUGGGAUAUGUACCCAAAACUUUGUUAGCUGGGCAAAAACCUCAACACAAAUCACAAGACAGCAAGAAAACUAGUACAACUGAGGAGUCCACAUACAGGGUCCUUAUUCAAGAGUUGGACCAAGAAAGAGAGAUGAGAUGGAAGGCAGAGCAAACUGUGAAACAGUUGACAGACCACUUAAAAGAACUACAAAAUCAGGCAAAUGAGAAAAGGGAUUUUCAUGACAUGGCUGUACAUACCACAGACAGAUUAAAAGAGUUGCUCGUGAAAGAGAAAGAAGCCAGAAGCCAAUUACAAGCUUAUGUUGCAGAGUUAAAAAAGAAAAUAGGGAUGCUUACAGAGGAGUCAAGAAAGUCAAAGAUUACUGAAGAAGAUCAACGCAAGCUCCUGAAAUCACUUGAAGAAACAAUUUUGAAGUCCAACUCACAAAGACUGCAGCAGCAAGCUGUAGAGAUGAAACGAAUUCAAGAAGCAGAGCUAAAAGCCUCAGCAGCUCAAAGAGAAGGCGAGUUACUGCAGAUUUCCCUCAAACAGCAGAAGGAAAAGGUUCAAGAGCUCCAGGAACUACUCGCUUCCAGAGAACAAGUGCACAGGAAAGAAGUGGAAUCUAGAGUUACUUUGAGUGGACCAGAAUUUCAAGCUGCUUUGUCCAGAGAGGUUGCAAAAGAAGAAGAGAAACAUGCUCAGCAGUUGAAAGGGUAUCAAGAAAAAAUUGACCUACUAAGUCAGCAGUAUGCAUCUUUGGAGGAUGAAUUUCGUAUGGCUCUUACCAUUGAAGCAAACCGAUUUAAAGAGGUAAAAUGUGGGUUUGAUCAUGUGACAGCAGAACUAGCGAAGACCGAGCAGGUCCUUGCUCAGACACAGCAGAAGGAAAAACAGGCAGGAACUUUGGUUCAGGAGCUAACUGCCAUGGUGAAAGAGCAGAAAGCUAAGAUUGCAGAACUGGCAAAAGCCAAGCAGGAAACAGUCUCGGAACUGAAGAGCCGGUUCCGGGCACUAGAAUAUGUAGCUGAAGAAGAGAAGAAGAAAACAGUUCAGAUUGAACUACUUAAGCAGGAGAAAUCUAAACUGAUUUCACAGCUAACUGCGCAGGAGUCUGUGAUUGAUGGCAUGCGAGCCGAGAAAAGGAUAUGGGGACAGGAGUUAGCACAGCAAGGCAGUUCUUUGGCUCAAGACAGAGGAAGGCUCCAAGCAAGGAUUGAAGUGUUAACAUCAGAGAUGGAGUCUCUAAAAAAACAAAAUGAACAGGACAUGAACACUUUGAAAAUAAAAACAAAGAUCGUGGAUGAUCAAACAGAAACUAUUAGAAAACUUAAAGAAGGUUUACAAGAGAGAGAUGAACAGAUUAGGAAAAUACGUGAGGAAAAUCUGCAAGAUAAAAGAGCCUUCAAUGAGCAAUUGCAGGAUGAAGCUGCCGUAUCUCAAGAUCUCAGAGAAAAAGUGGAGAGACUUACAGAACGCAAAAGAGAACUAAAGCAGCAACUUGAAGAAAAGGACAUGGAAUUGGAGAAUACAAAAAUGGCCUUUAGUGCUGCGAGUGAGAAGUGGCAAAACAAAGCUGAAGUACUGACAAAGCUAGAAACACAGGUCAAACAGAUGAAAGAAACCUUUGAUGCCAAAGAAAGAAAACUUGUUGAGGAGAGAGACAAAGCCUUAAAAGCUAAGAAGGCUGCAGCAGAAAAAAUUCAUUCCAUGGAUAAUGCAUUCAGACAUCAGCUUGAGACCGUACAGGUAGCUCAACAGGCCCAACUUACACAAUUGAGCAAUGAAAAGCAAAAGGAAAUUGAAGCAGCAAAAGAAAAGGUCUAUGAAGUGGAGGAAGAAAUGCGACAACUUCUCCAAGAAACAACAAAUGCCAAAAAAUCCAUGGAGGAAAAGAUCCGGAAGCUAACUAGUGCCCUCAAUGAUAUCAAAGAAGAAUUGUGACACUAAAAUAGACAGACAAGUAAUGAGAAAAUCCAGAUUGCCAAAUUGAUAUUGUUUUGAAAGUUACUGUCAUCUCCAUUUGAAUGCCUGGAUAAUGAAUCUCCUUUGGCUUAUUACCCAAUUUGAUGUGAUGUGGAAUACAGAUUAGUAUGACCCUAAACUCAAUCCCUGAUUUGUGCUGUCUCUUGUAAGCCAAAUAAACAUUAUAAUUAACUUUACAAUAUAUAGGCAGGAGGGUAAAUAUCUAGUACAAAACUCUUGGAGUAUUACAGUACUUCUCUGUUUGAACAAUAUAGCAGCAUGAGCAAUGGCUAGAGAUUAGGAAAGGAUUAAAAUUGACAGAAAUCAAUAGAAAAGUUUAGUUGUUUCUUUAUGGUUCAUCAUGAUUCCAAGAUUUUUUUGUGUCAUGGAUAUACUUUA